AUGGCUCUCCUGACGCACAAGGCCAUCGUCAACUACGAGGAGCAGACGGCCGCCUUCAAGGACUUCCUCCAAAACUUCAAGUCGUCCUCCACAGAGGCCGAAGAUGCGCUGGAAGAACUCCACCUGGACGGCGACGGCACGAGCGACGAGUACGACUUCAUGGACGAUGCAGAGGAUGGCGACGCGAAUGGUGGACGAAGCAGGCGCAGAGGAGCUGCCAAGUCAAAAUUGAAGUACAUGACCAUGUUGCAAGAUGUGGCAGAUCGUGUGAAGGAUCAGAUCUUGAUUGACUUGGAUGAUCUCAACGACUACGAACAAGCUGUGGAUGGAGAAGACGCCUCGUCGUUGAAGCUGGUCUCGUCGAUCGAGAAGAAUGCACACCAUUACAUUGAGAUUGUCUCUCGGGCAGUUGAUGCGGUGAUGCCGCAACCACACAAAGAGCCCAACUUCAAGGACGAUGUGCUCGAUAUCAUCAUGAGCCAGCGGUCGAGGCGUAACGACACUGUGCGACAACAGAUGGAAGCGAACAAUGGCGACAGCGAUCUUCCCGACUCUAUCUUCCCACCCGAGCUCACUCGCAGAUACACCCUGAACUUCAAGCCGAUCACACCGUCUGGGUCGAGCAGCGAGAAGGGCGCCAAAGCUUUGGCAGUGCGUCAAGUCCGUGGAGAGCAUCUUGGUCAUCUCAUUACGAUCCGCGGUAUUGCUACGAGAGUCUCAGACGUCAAGCCAUCAGUGCAAGUCAACGCAUACUCGUGCGAUCGAUGCGGUGACGAGAUCUUCCAGCCUGUCACUUCAAAGCAGUUCACACCUCUCGUUGAGUGCACGUCACAAGAGUGCAAGGACAACAACACCAAGGGCCAGCUGUUUCUUUCUACCCGAGCGUCCAAGUUCCUGCCUUUCCAGGAAGUCAAAAUCCAGGAAAUGGCAGAUCAGGUUCCUGUGGGCCACAUUCCUCGCCAGCUGACAGUGCACUGCCAUGGUGAACUUGUGAGACAAGUCAAUCCAGGUGACGUCGUGGACAUUGCCGGCAUCUUCCUGCCCACUCCAUACACUGGCUUCAAGGCUAUCAAAGCCGGUCUGCUCACAGAUACUUACCUCGAGGCGCAAUACGUGCACCAACACAAAAAGGCAUACGAUGACAUGGUCCUUGCUCCAACCACGAUCCGGCGCAUGACUGAGCUUGAACGAUCUGGUCAGCUGUAUGAGUAUCUCAGCCGGUCGAUCGCCCCUGAAAUCUUCGGCCACUUGGACGUCAAAAAGGCACUUCUUCUGCAGUUGAUUGGAGGCGUCACCAAAGAGAUGGGAGACGGUAUGCGGAUUCGAGGCGACAUCAAUGUCUGCUUGAUGGGUGACCCAGGUGUGGCCAAAUCGCAGCUUCUAAAGUACAUCACCAAGGUGGCUCCUCGAGGAGUCUACACGACAGGUCGCGGCAGCAGUGGCGUUGGUUUGACAGCCGCAGUCAUGCGCGAUCCAGUGACAGAAGAGAUGGUCUUGGAAGGAGGCGCUCUCGUCCUUGCCGACAAUGGAACAUGCUGUAUCGACGAAUUCGACAAGAUGGACGAUUCUGAUCGGACAGCAAUCCAUGAAGUGAUGGAGCAACAGACAAUCUCCAUCUCCAAGGCUGGUAUCACGACAACGCUGAACGCCAGAACUUCCAUCCUCGCUGCUGCCAACCCACUGUAUGGGCGAUACAACCCUCGAAUCUCCCCUGUAGAGAACAUCAACCUGCCAGCGGCGCUUCUCAGCAGAUUCGACGUGCUGUUCUUGCUUCUGGACACGCCGUCGAGGGACGCCGACGAGGAACUUGCGCGCCACGUCACUCACGUUCACAUCCAUAACGCUCAUCCUGAACCUCAAGGCGGCGGCCUCAUCUUCUCGCCCAACGAAGUGCGCCAAUGGGUUGCAAGAGCUCGAUCGUUCAGGCCAGUGGUCCCCAAGCAGGUGUCAGACUAUCUUGUUGGUGCGUACGUACGACUCAGGCAGCAGCAGAAGCGUGACGAAGCCGGGAAGAAGACCUUCACAUACACAUCGCCUCGUACGCUUCUCGGCAUCUUGCGAUUGUCUCAAGCUCUCGCACGUCUGCGAUUCGCCGAGGAAGUGAUUACGGAUGACGUCGACGAAGCUCUUAGACUGGUCGCAGUCAGCAAGGCUAGCUUGUACGACGACAACAAGGACAGGAGGGGAGACCAGUCGGCCAACACCAAGAUCUUCAACCUCAUCCGUGGCAUGCGGGAGAGCGGUGCAGCAGCAACCGGGGAAGGUCGCGGCGAGCUGGAUAUGAGACGAGUACGAGAGAGAGUCCUGGCCAAGGGAUUCACUGCCCAGCAGCUGGAAUCUGCACUUGACGAGUAUUCCAGCAUCGAUAUCUGGCAGACAGCUGCAGAGGGCACACGAUUGGUGUUUAUUGAAUCUGGCGAGGACGACGCUGACAUGGGAGAUGAAGACUCCUAA